AGCCGAGCCAGCUGAGCGGCCGCGACGCCUCCCCUUCGCCGCCUCUCGCGCGCUCCGGUCCGGGCUGGGCGGCGCGGCUGGCCCCGCGGCUCCUCUUGCGCCUGGCCUCCUCGGUGGUGGCCUCCCCCGGACGGGCCGGCAUGUGCAGCCUGGGCUGCUGCGCCUCCUACCGCCUCCGCGACGGCCUACACCCUCUGUGGCAGAGCCCAAUUACGAUUCCUGGAGGGAGUCGACAGUCUCCGAUCAACAUCCAGUGGAGAGACAGUGUCUACGACCCUCACCUUCAACCCUUGGAAAUAUGCUACGACCCGGCCAGCUGCCUUCAUAUGUGGAACAACGGCUACUGCUUCCUGGUCGAGUUUGAGGAUUCCACAGAGAAAUCAUUUAUUACAGGAGGCCCGUUGAAAAACUUGUACCGGCUGAAACAGUUCCAUUUUCACUGGGGGGCCAUCAAUGAGUGGGGCUCUGAACACACAGUGGACUGUAAAGUUUUCCCAGCAGAGCUACAUUUAGUGCACUGGAAUUCUUGCAAAUUUUCAAGUUUUGAAGAAGCCGUAAUGGAGGAUGACGGUCUGGCCGUCAUUGGAGUCUUUUUGAAGAUUGGGGUCCGGCACAGUGGGUUGCAGAAGCUGGUCGAAGCCUUGCCAUCAAUUAAACACAAGGAUACGCUUGUUGAAUUUGAUGUAUUUGAUCCAUCCUGCUUGCUGCCAUCCUGCCCUGAUUAUUGGACAUACUCGGGGUCUUUGACCACCCCGCCGCUAACCGAGUCCGUCACCUGGAUCAUCAAGAAGCAGCCAAUAGAAGUUGAUGAAGACCAGCUUGAGAUGUUUCGGAUGCUACUCUUUACCUCCCUCGGAGAGGAAGAGCACCAGAUGGUGGACAACUUCCGUCCCCUUCAGCCACUGAUGGACCGGACUGUCCGCUCUUCCUUCCCAAGCCAGUACCGGCUGAGCAUCGAACCGGAAUCGGAGAAGCACGCUCUGCCUGCCAGCCAACAAGUGCCUCUCAAGGGGACUGUGCAUCUUUAAGAGGAAAACAGGAUCAGAAAUGUCACUAGCACUUUAUGUAUAAACUAAGAGUAUAUCUGACUGCCUGUUCGAGGUCUGCAGUUGCUUUAAAGGGGUUAGGGUGAGUCUUGCCUUCUGUUCUCCACAUGGGCUAUCUCCUCUGCAAUAGAACAACCUGCUUUAAUGAAACCCCUUUUGCAAGUAAAGCAAUUCAUAACGUGCCUAGAAUUCUAAGCCUUACCCAGUAUUGGGACUCCUCUCUGUAUCUUUGACCAAUCCUCGGUGGUGUGAACUGAAUGGCAAAAGGUGUCCCCAAGUGGACAUUUCUAAGGAAAACAGUGGGCCAGUGGGUGUCUUAAGCACAACAGUUUUUUGUGAAAGGAAAUAGACUUUGGAUUUAGGGCUGGAGCUUUUUUCCAACCUGGUGCUUCUCUUAGUCCAUAAAGUCCAAUGUUUUCCACCACUGAAAUAUAGAACCUCUUACUUUAUAAGCAGCUGUUUUUGUUUUUCACUGUAUCUUGGCCUCUUUCAAGAGGCAUCCAGUUGUUGCUAUUUUGGGACCAGAAAACGAGAGAGCUUGCUCUGCAAACUAGGAAGAACAUACAGUUCAGUUCUCAGGAGAGUUACUCUAAUCUAAGCCCAUUCAUUUCAAGGGGCUUAGAUUGCAAAUCCAUAGGAUUGCACUGUUGAUUUCCAAUGGAUCCCAGAAUAUGAGCACAGUUCCUUAGAAGCACAGUUCUAGUAAACCCAAAAGCAGUGACACCCGGGGACAGAGUUUGGACUAUCAAGUUGUGUAUGAACACACGCUGAUUGUGUAUGAACACACCUUACAGAGGCUUGACUUCCAGGCUUAUAAAAAUACUUUUUUAAACCCAACACUGCAAACGGAAUGCUUGUAAGGAGGAUUCUAAUGUUUAGGAAGGUUCUACAAAGUAUUUGUGCCUACAAAUAACAGUAUUUUGUAACAGCUAUCCUGUGCCUAAAUUAAUCAACAGCCUUUGUGUUAAAAGAUUCCUCAUUCCAUUUGCCCAAGUACCACAUAAUAAUACUGGGGAGUCUUCUGUUACAGUUUCCAUGGUAAAUAUCUAAGUGGAAAUAAACCUUCCUGAAAAGGUGUUUUGUUCGUUUUUUAAUGUCUAAUCAGAUGAUGCAUUUAAAUGAGAGUAAGCUGGGGACCCUUUUCGGCCGUGAUCACUUGGUGUAAAAGCUUCUGUUUAAGUGCCUGUAAUUAUAUCAAGCUUUGCAAAAUGGUAAUAUGACUUGCUUUGCUAUGACCAAUUGUUUUCCUCUUUCUGACAUAGACCGGUUGUCUUCUCACGCCAAAUGUAACUUGAGUGUGACAGAAAUUAAAAUGUGGUCAAUGCCAUCCUCAAUACCUUCUAACUAAUUUGAGAUGGAGUAAGGGUUGAGAAUAAGAGUAGAACUGGGACCUUUGGGGUGCUGUUGUACGCAUGGUUACGUUUAUACAUCUGCUAGGAAACAGGAUCAACUUGUAUACAUAUAAAGGAAACUGUCUCAUUCCUUAUGAUGUCAAGCAGGGGUUUAUUUCCCUGGUCAUUUUGUGACAUUCUUAGUGUAUACAUCCAUCUCUCUUAUAUUCCUGCUGUUAACUUUUGCUACGUGUAUUGUCUUCGAAUUAGCUCAGAGCAAUACGCCGAUUUUGGUGGCAUUUAUGUCUCUCGGAUUAGAGACUGGCAAAAGAAAUGUUUCAGCUGUUACACUUUUUAAAAAAUCAUAUACAUUGCUGCCUCUAUUUAAAAACACAAUAAAUAUUUAUGAAUUCUUUA